GGGGACGUGGGGGCGGGGAGGGACGGGUGAGCUUGGCGCAAAGCCUGCUGGGGCAUGGAGUCCUAGUGAGCUUUGUGCGCAUGUGCGGGAAGGUGAGGGUGUUUGGGGGGCCUCGCCCUGGAGAGUGAGGUGCUGGUGACUUGAACCCAGGUGGCCUCAUGGAGUCGCCCACGCCCCAGCCUGUGAAGCAGGAGAAUCUGGCCGUGGAGACCCUGACGCUCGACUCCCCGUGGCAUCGCUUCCGCCAUUUCCACCUGGGUGACGCGGCAGGGCCACGGGAGGCCCUGGGGCUGCUCCGUGCCUUGUGCCGGGACUGGCUCCAGCCGGAAGUGCACACGAAGGAGCAGAUGCUGGAGCUGCUGGUGCUGGAGCAGUUCCUGAGCGCCCUCCCUCCAGACACUCAGGCGUGGGUGUGCAGCCGCCGGCCCCAGAGCGGAGAGGAGGCUGUGGCGCUGCUGGAGGAGCUCUGGGGCCCAUCAACCUCUCCAGAUCGCUCGUCGGCAAUGAGGGCACCUCGGGAUACGACAGAAGGCUCUGGGGUCAGUGUUGGAAAGGAAGAAAGUGGGGUGAUUCCUUUAGGAACCGUGGCCUCGGGGACAGAGGUGGCCGCAACGGGGAACGCUGGAGCCACGCGCCCCUACAAGCAGGAGCCAGGCAGCCCCCCACCGGCCCCGCUGGCACCCGUCCUCCCUGCCUUCCUGGCGGCCCCCGGCACUGUGUCGUGCCCGGAGUGCGGCAAGUCUCCCCUGAAGCCGGCUCACCUGCUGCGCCACCGGCAGAGCCACUCUGGUGAGAAGCCACACGCGUGCCCGGAGUGCGGCAAGGCGUUCCGGCGCAAGGAGCACCUGCGGCGCCACCGAGGCACGCACCCCGGCAGCCCCGGGCCUGCGCUGCGCCCCCUGCCGGCGCGCGAGAAGCCACACGCAUGCUGCGAGUGUGGCAAGACCUUCUACUGGCGCGAGCAUCUGGUACGCCACCGCAAGACACAUUCUGGCGCGCGGCCCUUCGCUUGCUGGGAAUGCGGCAAGGGCUUCGGUCGGCGCGAGCACGUGCUCCGCCACCAGCGUAUCCACGGGCGGGCUGCCGCAGUGCAACAAGGGACCGCAGCAUCUGGCCCGGAGGGGGGCGGUGCUUUCCCACCCUGGGCCCUGGGGUAGCUGUGGUUCCAAACACGCGCUACAGGGUAUCAUCCCCUUAGA